AUGGAGCAUCCACAAUCCAUCACACUUUAUGCCACACACUUGCUCGCUCUCACAAGUGCCACGAAUGUCACAUCAGAGUGCAAGGGCCUUGAGUGCCUUUCAAUAGGACGACUGUUAUUAGGCUAUCGUGUUUUCGUAUCAAGAGUCCAGCUGGAUCUGAUUGGGAGGAGAAACGAGGAAAUUAAAAAUAUUAUCUGUAUGUUUCUGUGGAUUAUGGACGGCGGCGAUUACCUCUCCGAAGAGAGUGUGCUGCGCUCGUACCCUCUCUACCCGACGAAGAAGCGGAGAUGCUGCAACGUGAACGGAGAUGGAUUCACGAUCAUCACCGCCUGCUUCUGCAUCUUCACCACGGCGCUCACGAUCGCGUUCAUUGCGCAGCUCAAUUACGGCAGCCCGCAGGUCACGCCCCACGGAGCCGUCUCGACCGACGAGGAGGAAUGCAGCCACGUGGGCAUCACCGUCAUGAGGGAAGGGGGCAGUGCAGUGGAUGUUGCCAUCGCGUCGAUCCUCUGCAUGACGGUAGUGCAUCCGCAUGCAGUGGGACCGGGAGGGAGCGGCGUGAUGCUGGUGCACGACCACAAGACCAACUCGUCCACCGUCGUCGACUUCAUGAGCGGCGUCCCUCGCUCGCACCGCGCCGAGGAGGACCAGCCGCCGCCCACAGACGGCAGGAGCAUCGGCGUGCCCGGCCUCCUGCGCGGCCUGGAGUACGCGCACACCAAGUUCGGGAAGCUUCCCUGGCGGAAGCUGUUCCAGCCAAGCAUGACAUCGCGAGAUUGA